AUGUCUUCGACUAUGAUGAACUUCGGUGGCUCAAAUUUCGGGGUGCAAGUCGGCGUGAACAACGGUUCAAUAUCUGCUGGUGGUAUGAAAUUCGCACCUCCACCCCGCAUGGACAUCACUGACCGGUCUGCAGAUAUUCUAGAGAAACUCCCAAUCGUGAGCGGCGCUGCCUUCGAUUCCUUUCACAAUCAGAAUGAAGAUCUUUGCCUUCCCGGAACCAGAAUCGAACUUCUCCAGCAAGUCAAUAAAUGGGCGAGCUGUCCCGGCCAGCCAAUUUUCUGGUUGAAAGGCAUGGCUGGAACAGGGAAAUCAACGAUUUCGAGAACUUUGUCAAAAUCAUUCACAGAUGCCGGUCUAUUGGGUGCCAGCUUCUUCUUCAAGAGAGGAGAAACAGACCGAGGAAAUGCGUUGUCACUCUUUCCUACGAUCAUGAGGCAGCUGGUGGUAGCUUUCCCGAUAAUAUUGCCAGCUGUGCAGCGGGCACUUCGAACUCACCCGGAUAUCUCGGGAAAGGCUCUAUCGGAGCAGUUUGAAAAGAUACUCCUACGUCCACUACAGAGUCUGGAAUUGUCUGAUCGACCAAUUGUUGUUCUCGUCAUCGAUGCGCUGGACGAAUGUGACAAUGAUGCAGAUAUACAGACUAUCAUUCGGCUAUUGCCUCAACUACGAUCAGUAGAAGCGAUGCGUAUAAGGAUCUUCUUGACCAGUCGUCCGGAGCUGCCCAUUCGGCUUGGCUUUUCAAAGAUAGCAGAUCAGCACGAAGAUUUUGUUCUCCAUGAGGUACCAAAGGUUAAAAUAGAGCAUGAUAUCUCUUUAUUUCUGGAGCAUAAAAUUGCCCAGAUCCGAGGAGAUAAUCAUCUGCCAGAUGAUUGGCCCGGCGGAGAGAGUAUUCGCAAACUUGUCGAUCUUUCUGUCCCUCUAUUCAUCUUCGCUGCCACCGCCUGUCGUUUGCUUGAAGAGGACCCAUGGGAUCUGGCAGAAAUUCUCACAGAGAUGCUGGUCUAUGGAGAUGAAGGCUCCAAGUUGAACGAGAGGUACCAGCUUAAUGGAACAUAUCUUCCCGUCUUGAAUCGCUUCUUGCGGAGACAAGGCAAGAAACAAGAGAAGCAGUUAAUUGAUGAGUUCCAGAACAUCAUUGGGUCGAUCAUUUUACUUGAAAGUCCGCUCUCAGUGAAUGCUCUUUCCGAACUUCUUGAUUUCCCUGCCCCAAAAAUUGAAUGGAGAUUAAGGUCAUUCCACUCGGUUCUCAAUAUUCCCAACAAGCUUGAAGACCCGGCACCUGUACGAUUGUUUCACCUCUCAUUCCGCGAAUUUCUUCUUGAUUCAGAAAUAUCAGAUCUAACUCCAUUGUGGGUGGAUGAAGAUUCGACACAUCAAAGACUAUCGAAUUUGUGUAUUUCUGUUUGUCGUCGAAAUUUGAAAGAGAAUAUCUGCGAUAUAAAUCCAGGCACAGAACGGGCCGAAAUUGACGCGCGGAAGAUCAAUGGGCUUCUUUCACCGGCAUUGCAGUACUCCUGUCGGUACUGGGUUCAUCACUUAGUUCGCAGCAAGAAAACCAAAACGGAUGAUAUCCAUCUCUUUCUCCAGGGGUAUUUCAUAUUUUGGAUGGAAGCAAUGGGAAUUUUAGGCCUUGCCUUUCAGGUGAUUCGAGACCUGAACCUGCUGCAGUCCGCCUUCUACGAAAAGUGGAGCUCAGAAUUGCAGACUAAUGAGGGUCAUUGUGGCUCCGUGGCAUUUUUAUUUGCCCCGUCUGAAAACGACCAGAUAAUGAUAUCUGUGUCCAGACGUGAUAAAACCAUCCGAUUGUGGGAUACCCAGACAGGUGCUUUGCGGAAAACACUCCAGAUGUGCGUUGGCAAACACGAUAUGAAAUCCAUCGUGGUCUCGCCUGACGGCCGAUAUCUGGCUGCUUUUGGGUGGAAAAAUUACAUCUGGGAUCUUGCUACAGGUGCUUAUAUGAGGGGACUCGAUGGCAAAUAUGGAGGCUUUUAUCAAGGAAGUCAAACGUUGGCGGCUAUAGACCGGCUAACCAUUCGAUUCUUGAAUAUCGAAUCUGGUACUCUGGGAGAGAUACAACUUGAUCAAGGAGGAGAUCAAUUUACUGAUAGCCUUUUAUCUGACACAUGUCCAUUCGAAGCAAAUGACAAAGAAGAGCUUUUGGAUGGGUCUACCGCUUUAUCGGCUGAUGGCCAGAUUAUGGCAGCAAUCAGUGAUCGGAGUCCAAUAAUUCUCCUUUGGGAAACUGCUACAGGUAAAAAGAGGAAAAGUAUUUGGAACAGCUAUGGGGGAAUGGCGUCGGUUACCUUCUCUUGUCAGAACAAGAUCCUUGCAACCGUGUCACAAAACAAAAGCUCCAUUUGUUUAUGGAACAUUGAUACCAACGAUCUCAAGCAUACUAUCCGAUUUGAUCAGCAGCUGGGGGACUUCAAACUAACAAUAUCAUCGGACAGCCAACUUCUUGGACUCGUCCCCGAUGACAAUACUAUUAAAAUUUGGGGAAUUUCUUGUGGAACCCUCAAACAUGAGUUGAGGAGCCAUAUACGGUUGCACCAAAGCCUGGCCUUUUCCGUUGACUGCCAAUAUUUAGCAUCAGCUUGCAGUGACUACAACAUCAGACUAUGGGACCUCUCUAAAUCUAUCAACACGAGUCAGACUACUAGACGGCGUCCCACUGAGGUUGAAUUAGUCAAGUUUUCUCCAGAUGGCUCUCUGAUAGCAACCAUGGCAGAGUACGGGGAUAAGAUUAUAGUAUGGCAUGUGGAAACGGCGCAUGUAUCAAACACCUUUACUAUACCCUCAGGUGUAAAAGUGGAGCUGGCCAUAUCCCCUGACAAUGGAAAGCUAGCAGCUGUCGGUUGGUCCGUCCCCAACAGUCCAUCGGAGGACUGGGGCCCAGUUGAGCACUUGAUGAUUUGGGACCUUACGGCCGGUGAUCAGGGGAACAUAAGAGACGGCUACGGCUGGGCAGCAGGAGCUUCACCUUGCCCUCCAACUUUCUCGCCUAAUUCCCAGUUACUCGCACUGGUAUGGCACUAUGGGGGUGUCAGGGUCUAUGAUACUACCGCUGAUACAGUCACUACUGUACUGAAGCCUAUCCCAGAAAUUUCCUCGGCCCCUUCACCAGAGGUCUUGUUCUCACCAGAGGUCUUGUUCUCGCCCGAUGGUCAACUGCUGGCCUAUAGAGAUCAGGAGGGCAUUGUCCAAAUUUGGAACACGAUGACAGGUACACUGCAUGAAUUAUCCCGACCCCCUAUGGCGAAUCAUUUUGAUGGCUCGUGUUUUUCGACGUUUUCCCCAGAUGGCAGAUACCUGGUCUUUGUCCUUGAGUCCAAAGCCAUUGAGUUCUGGACUGUCAACUCUGGAAAUCUCCUUCCGAUACCCGAACAUUCGAUAGAUGUUGGAAUUCUCACUGGGGUUGUUUUGAACGAGGGUGGACUUUCGCUAUUGACCACUUUGGGACCCCAAGACGUACCAAUUGAGUCUGGGGACUGGAAGCCUAACUGGAAACCACAAGAUCAGUAUCUGACUGGUAGCCACAGGACUGUCCAAAUAGGCCAAGAUGACUGGGUAUACAUGCGAGAACGAAGGGUAUUGUGGCUACCUCCUGAAAAUCGGCCUGGCCCACGUGCUGGGCGUUUCAACGGCAAUCAUGUUGCUUUCCACGGCAAUACGAUUGCCGUGGGAAAUUUAUCGGGCGACGUUACUAUUCUUGAGUUUGAUGUUGAUUGA